CCGCCCCCGCCGCCACCGGCGCGGCCCGGGGCCCCACGAGCACGGACGUGCACGCCGCGGCCUCCAGCUCCGCGGCCGCCGCGCGUCCGGCCGCCGCGGGUGCGACGGCGCUGCCGGCAGGACCUGUGGUGACGGAGAUGGACGCUCUGCUUCACAUCUCGUCGCCGAACAUCGUGCACUGCGUGUUUCUGGCCCACGGCUUCCGCCGCGCGGACGGCAACGGCGGUGGCGGCGCGGACCACCUCCGCCCCAUCCGGGUGGCCUACCAGCACGACAGCCGCCCCGCCAUCUCCGCCGUGUACGUGCCCGUGCUGCGGCACCUCGUGGUGUACGCGGCCAUCGAGGGCUCCGCCGACGUCCCCGGCAGGGUGACGGUGCAGCUGGGCAUGAACACCGCAUCGAUCCAGGCGAAGGUGGACUACCUCCUGGUCUACCCCCUCAUCACGCGCCAGUGCGUCCCGGUGCUGCCCGCGCUCCCCCCGGAGGUCUGCUUCGGGCUGCUCAGCAGCCUGGCGAUCCCGACGCUCGGCAGGAUCGGGUGCACCUCGAAGGCCUUCUCCACAUCCGUCUUCCAGGACGACGUGCUGUGGUGGCGCGUGCUGCUGGCCCUCCCGCAGAGCGACGCCCUGCGCGCCGCGGUGGCGGCUGCCGAGGCCGCGCCGCCGCCGCCGGGCGCGCCCUCGGGCGGCGCGGCCGCGGCGGGCGUGUGGCGGCGCCUGGUGCGCGACGAGGUGCAGAGGGCGCGGGCCGAGGCCGAGGAGAGACACCGGCGGCGGGAGGAACAGGAGCGGAUCAUGCGCGAGAUGCGCGACCCGCUUAUGGUCCAGCCCCCGAGGCGGCCUCAGCCCCGCUUCCCUGGCCAGCCCGGUUUCGGCGGCGCCGUCGGGGGUGACUACGACCUCAUGCCAGGGGGCGGCUUCUUCCCCGGCGGCUUCGGCGGCAUGGGCGGCCGCGGGCCCUUCCGGGGAGGUGGCGGCGGCGGUGGCUUUGGAGGCGGCGGGAUCUUCUGACGCGCAGAUGGGAGCCCGUGACCGCGCGGGUAGGCGCCCGGUGUCCACUACAAUUCUAGCCGUUCGGGGUAUGACUACAGGAAUGCCGGGACGGUUGGUCCCUGCCCGAUCGAUCCCCACUCGCUGCAGCUGCCUGCUCGGGCGCGGCGGCGACGCCGCGGGGAGCGCGGGGCGCGCGAGGCGGCAGCGCUAGCCACACAAUUUGCUGGGGAUCGUCCUGUCUGUGUUGGUUUGAUUUCAGUGUGUAGUUGGGUCCGUGCGCGGCAGUUGCCGGUUGUAUACAGUUUGUGUAGCUGCAUUUGCAGAGCUCGGAGCUUAGCGCGGACAAUACAGUUGUGCCAGGCUCGUCUUACCUUUGUCGAAACA